AUGGAUGACUACGAUAUCUCCAUCUACUAUGAGACUCUAUCGGAGCUUAAAGACUCUACCCACUUUAACACACAAGUGGGUUUUGGCGUUUACCAAGCCCUUAAGGGUUGCCUUACGCCGGGCUAUAGACCCCUAGAUGCUGCGCACAGGAUAAAUAUUCUCCGGAUGGAAUAUAUAGGAACUCCCACAAGUUUUCUCCGUCUAUUCUGGCGAGCCUUUCUUGAAGUCGCCUGCCAAGUGCCAUGGUUUGAUGAUGGCCAAGGAAAACUCGUGGAAUCAAUUUCGCAUUUGAAGUCUCUCCGCAUACAGGAGUCAGGAAUAUCCUUUUGGGGUGGCCUGCCGGAAUUCAAACCUUGUGUUGGAGAGCUAUGGCAUACACCGGGGAAUGGCGGUAACGGUGGCGAAAAAUAUCGAAGAUGGGUUAACCUGAAUGCAUUUACCGCUCGGGUUUACAACAACAGUCUCGGCGAAUGGUACGACCUUGGGAUUUACUCCGUGCGUCGCGCAUUGGAACGUCUCAAUUAUCCCUCAAUUCCGGCCAGGAUAUGUCGUAAUUUCGCUGCCGCAAUGUGGAUGAUCUAUUCGGCCCCCAAGUUUUUUCUCUUGACGCAAGCCGCCAUGACUGAGAGAGGCCGAGAGGCAUUUACAGGCACGGGAUAUAUCGUUUUUGGGUCCCCGGAGUUCAACGGCACGACCGUCAUUACUAUGGCUCGCUGGAUCAAAUGGAAACGUUGGUUUCGCGAAUCUUCGAUAACCGGAUGGGACCCACCCUUUACUGCGUAUACGUAUAUGCAUAAUGUUGAUGGCGGUGUAGGCAUGGAGGAUAUGGAUCAGCUAAAAUCAUUUGGCUAA